AUGUCGCUGUACCAACUUCCCCCGGAGAUUUUACUCUACGUCUUCCGCUUGCUAGGCCCAGCUUUCUUCCGCCAAGAUGCUCGUCGCCUUCUUGUCUCCAGGCAGUGGUACCAGCUUGCUAGGCCAGUUCUUCUCCAAGACCUAAAUUUCUCUGCAGAAUCACUUCGGAGCUUCGUUCUCGCUACGGAGAAGGUGGGCAUGAUUCGUUCGAUACGAAAUCACGUAAAAACACUCAGCCUUGCCCUUGAUGGCUUUGAGAACUGGCAUUCAGCCCAAUUCGAGCCAAGUAGCGCAGAAUUGUCCGGUAUCGACCUCCAAACUAUGAAUACAUGGACCUCCGAGUUGAAUGACUUCCUGGUUGCUCUUGCUGGCAUACUCCAACAAUGUACGAGGCUGCAGUCUCUCAAACUUGAGGCACGACCGGAGGGACAUGGCCCACGGGUUGGUCUUCCUCGCCGCGACUAUUUGAUGGCAUCGCCUCUGGCUAGCCUUGUCUUCAUCAGCCGCCUUACAUGCCUUGAAAUUGAUACAGGCGGUACGCAUCUCAUUCAAAACAAUACCUCCAAAAUGCAUCUUUGUGCCAACAUCAACAAAAUGCUUCCGACUCUUCGGCGAUUACGCUGCCGGACGAGUGACAUCUGUCCUCGGAUCUUAGACGUCCCGGGAAACGGCCCGCUUAUAAGUCUCGAGGAUUUCGUCAUCAAUUUGAGUCUUUCGGAAAUGUCUAGUUCAGAUACUUCAUAUCGAUACCCAAGCCGCUGUGAGCGUAUUCCCGGCGACAGUUUUCCUCGAUUAAAGGCCGAUGUAGAAUCCCACGCGAGAGAGGUUGUGCGAAUGAUGAAGAAUCCACGCAUUGCAAGGAUCGUGUCUCAUACGUUUCCUGGUCUGAAAAUGCAUUCGUUUGAUGCUAUAACGGGACGCCGAAUGCUACUUUCCUCCGCCGCGCCAUGGGAUGCAGACGGCGACGAAAUCGAAGAGAGAGUUGCAGUCCAAGAUCUCUUCGACUCUGAUUCUUCGUCUGAAGAGUUUUUGCUAUAG